AACGUGAGGCAAAGCUCUGCGACCCACUCCUCCUGUGCAUACCGGUAUCGUAGGUUCUCCAACAGCGGAGCUCUGAAGCUCGGCAGCAAGGACAUGAGCUAGCUAGAGUAGUAGUAAAUAUUGUAGAAACUGCUCAGUUGCAAAAAGGCCGAGUGGAGAGAUCUACAUGUACUGUACAUCAAACCAACACCACAAUGUCCACUACUAGUGCUGGUACAACGCCGUCUUUUGCUGACGAUUUAUUGAUGCUGCAUCGAAAAGAUAUUUGGGUCGACACAAUAUUUCAAUUCUUGGGAAUGGGUCAGUAUGCCUUUGUGGGAGCUGUCAACAAGAGAACGAAUCAUCUGUACAGGGAAUUCUGCAGGACAGUGGAAGAUCCUCCAAAGGUGCUUCAACUCAUCACCAAGACAGCACGGUAUGUGACCAAUGUGAACACAUACUAUAGCGCUGCAUUCUGCAAUGUCUCCUGUGCCAAAUAUUGGUACACUGGUGAUCCUAAUUACAAGUCUCCAAAAAGCCAGGAUGUUUGCACGGCCAUUGUCAAGGCUGGAGGGAGCCCAGAAGUUGUCCAGUGGGCAUACAACGAGCAGGGUUUUCCAUGGACUGCAAAGACAAGUGCGACUGCUGCAGAAGGUGGGCACUUGGAAUUGUUGAAAUGGGCCCACAAAAAAGAGCUUCCCUGGGAUGAAAAAGCAUGCUGUGCUGCUGCCAAAAAUGGUUAUUUGGAGACUCUCAUUUGGCUCCGUCAACAUGGUUGUCCAUGGGAUCAAGGCACAUGCCACAUGGCUGCUCAGAGUGGCCAUUUUCAGGUUGUGAAUUGGGCCCAUGAGCAUGGAUGCCCUUGGGAUGCCAUGACAUGUUGGCUUGCUGCUGUCAGUGGUCAUUUUGAGAUUCUGAAGUGGGCACGCACCAAAGAAGGAUGUCCCUGGGAUUGGCGGACCGCAGAUGCUAUUGCCAAAAAGGGUUGUUUGGAAACACUAAAAUGGGCACAUGAGAAUGGAUGCCUAUGGACUGCUGCCACUUGCACUGCUGCUGCAGUUGGAGGCCAUUUUAAAAUGCUGAAAUGGGUCCGUGAAAAUGAAUGUCCUUGGACAGCUGCAACCAGUUCUGGUGCUGCAAAAGGAGGUCAUUUCAAAAUUCUCAAGUGGGCUUAUGAGAAUGGAUGCCCUUUGGAUGCAAUGACUUGUCAAUAUGCUGCUAAAUUUGGUCAUUUGGAAAUACUGAAAUGGGCUCGUGAGCAGGGAUGCCCAUGGAAUUCUUCCGCAUGCCAUGCUGCUGCAGAUCAAGGUCAUCUUGAAGUACUGAUAUGGGCUCAUGACCAUGGAUGCCCUUGGGAUCCCGAGACUUGUGAAGCAGCAACUGAAGAUGGCCACUUUGCUAUUCUCCAGUGGCUUCAUGGAAAUGGGUGCCCUUGGGACAUCAUGACAUCUCAAGCUGCUGCAAAUGGUGGCCAUUUUGAAAUGCUCAAAUGGGCUCGUGAACAUGGAUGCCCAUGGGAUGCAAGGACAUGCCAAGCUGCUGCAAGAAAUGGCCAUUUUGAAAUACUGAAAUGGGCUCAUGAGAAUGGAUGCCCUUGGGAUGAAAGGACAUGUGAAGCUGCUGCAAAAGGUGAUCAAUUUGACAUCCUGAAAUGGGCACAUGAAAAGGCUGCCCAUGGGAUUCAAAGACAUGCUCUGCUGCUGCUAGACUUGGUCAUUAUGAAGUACUAA